CCUGGGAGGGGCGCCCGGAGGCAGCCGCGCAGCAUGCACUGGGGGGUCGGCUUUGCCUCGUCCAGGCCUUGCGUGGUGGAUCUGAGCUGGAACCAGAGCGUCUCCUUCUUCGGCUGGUGGGCCGGGUCCGAGGAGCCCUUCUCCUUUUAUGGGGACAUCAUCGCUUUCCCUUUGCAGGAUUACGGUGGGAUCAUGGCAGGGCUGGGCUCCGAUCCCUGGUGGAAGAAAACCCUUUACUUGACGGGGGGAGCUUUGCUGGCCGCAGCUGCGUAUCUGCUCCACGAACUCCUGGUCAUUAGGAAGCAACAAGAGAUUGACUCCAAGGAUGCUAUUAUUUUGCAUCAGUUUGCAAGACCUAACAAUGGUGUCCCCAGCUUGUCUCCGUUCUGUUUGAAAAUGGAAACUUAUUUAAGGAUGGCUGACUUACCAUAUCAGAACUAUUUUGGUGGAAAACUCUCUGCUCAAGGGAAAAUGCCUUGGAUUGAAUAUAAUAAUGAAAAAGUUUCUGGCACAGAAUUCAUAAUUGACUUUCUGGAAGAGAAACUUGGAGUGAAUUUAAACAAAAACCUUGGCCCACAUGAAAGAGCUGUGUCGCGAGCGGUGACCAAGAUGGUGGAGGAGCAUUUCUACUGGACAUUAGCUUAUUGCCAGUGGGUGGACAAUCUCAAUGAGACCCGGAAGAUGCUCUCUCUUAGUGGUGGUGGUCCCUUCAGUAACCUGCUGAGGUGGGUCGUGUGCCACAUAACGAAAGGAAUUGUGAAGCGCGAGAUGCAUGGCCACGGCAUUGGCCGCUUCUCAGAGGAAGAGAUUUACAUGCUGAUGGAGAAGGACAUGCGGUCCUUAGCAGGGCUUUUGGGUGAUAAGAAGUACAUCAUGGGGCCCAAACUUUCUACUCUCGAUGCCACUGUCUUUGGACACUUGGCACAGGCAAUGUGGACCUUACCAGGGACAAGACCUGAACGGCUGAUCAAAGGUGAGCUGAUCAACCUUGCCAUGUACUGUGAGAGGAUAAGGAGGAAAUUCUGGCCUGAGUGGCACCACGAUGACGACAACACCAUCUAUGAAUCUGAGGAGAGCAGCGAAGGCAGCAAAACCCACACCCCCCUGCUAGAUUUCAGCUUUUACUCAAGGACAGAGACCUUUGAAGAUGAAGGAGCAGAGAAUAGUUUUUCCAGAACCCCAGACACAGACUUCACUGGACACUCACUCUUUGAUUCUGAUGUGGACAUGGAUGACUACACAGACCAUGAACAGUGCAAGUGACGUCCACCCUCACUGACCCUCUACUUUUGGAGCUGCCACUCCCUGGGGUUGGUCCAGUUUCCCAGGUAGAAAUCCGUCUGCACUGGGAGGAGAUCUUGGGGCAUGGCCUGUAUGCUAACUGGACUGUGGCCGUCUUCUUUUUGUACAAACAGAACACAGAACCAUUCAGAUGGCUCCAUUUAAACAGCCUCCACCCCUCCAACAAAGUCAGCAUGGUUCCUGAAGUCCAUUUUUGUUUUCAUUGAAAACUAACAUUGUGUGGUAGAGCAGGUAAAUGAGCAGUUUGUCAGCUGAUAGUGUUUAUAUUGAUCAUCCUCAACCGAGGGCUUAGGUAUGAGUUAGAUUCUUGAAUGUCCUUCAUCCUCCUGGAUAUGAAGUAUGAGAGCUAUCAGAAAACAUGUAGGAGAUAAAUGUCCUAUGGUAGCCACUUGUACUCUAUGUAUGUAUAUUGUAUGUUAAACAUAAGUCAAAUAAAAAUCCAUAGAUACUCAGUGAACACCUACUGUGUACAAAGCACUGUGCUGGGUGCUAAUCAGUUUAAGUUUUAUUCUAAGCUUUGCCAGUGACUAGCUAUGUGAUUUUGGGCAAGUCCCUUAACUAUUGCGUGCCUCAUUUCUCCCACCUGUUAAGGGGGGGUGACAAUACUCUCCACCUACCUACCUCACAGGGGCGUUGUGGGGAUUCAUGCAGUAACAUUCCUAUGGCGCUUUCAACCUCUUGGAAGCAUUGUGACAUGAACACAACAUUUUAUUCUUUAUUGUGCUUCAUUUGUGUGAAGAUCUGAAGGAAAAGGAAUUCUAUAUUCAGGCAACAAUGACCACAGUCACUUGCAAAAGCUGAGCAGAUGAUGCACACACAAGGCCACCAUUAGGACUUUGUCAUCAAUCCCCUUUGUGAGCUUGUUUGAAUCAGAAUCUUUCAUUGAAAGAACGUUGGAAAUAUUUUUAUAAAUCAUCAUUGGCUUAAAAUGGUUGUCAGCACUACAGUAUUUUUACAGAAAAUGUUUCUUUUGUAGCCUGAACUCACACCAGAAUGUUGUUCUUUGUUGCCUCCAGAGCAUUAUGCUUGAUUUAUUUGGAAAGAGUAAAGCUCAGGAAUAUGGGGGAGAGGGUUAUAGAGGUGAAGGGGGAAGCAUUUGAUUGAUUUUUUGUAGGCACAAGCUUGCCAACUUUUAAUGUCUCUUUUGAAAGCAAGCCUUGCAAAGAUAUAUUGAAAGGAUGAAAUAGAAUGAGGAUCAUGUUACUUGUACCAGUGAUACUCUGUUACUCUGUGCAGUGAUAGGCAGUUUUAGUGCUGCACCUUUUCUGGAGUUUUCAGCUGCUGCCCAGUGAGAGGUGGGAAAUGCUCAGAACAGAUCUCAGUAUUUCUUAAGGAUCUCCUUCGUGCUCUCCACAGAGCACAGGGACUAUUUUGGUUAUUCACAUUGAAGAAAGCACUCUCAUCUCUGACGAUAGUUUUGUUGACUUAGGGAAUUUUCUAAGGAAAUAUGGGGUGAGGAUCCUGUAUGAUGGAUGCUAUGGCUUUAGGCCAGGAGAACAAGUAUUAAGAUUUGCAACUGCAAAAAAAAAAAAAAAAAAAUUACUUUGCUUCUGAUUAAGGAUUAUUUAUUGUUGGUGAGAAGCAUUUUCUUUCUUUUCCUUUUUCUUUUUGUUUUUUUUGAGACAGGGUCUCACUAUAUAGUU